AUGGCGGGCACACGGGCGCACGGCCGCCUCCUGCACUCGCUGCUCUGCCAGCUGUGCGGCAGUUGUGGCUGCAGCUCCUGCCAUGGGCUCCGCGUGUCCACGGGCACCCGCAUCCUUUACACGCUCCUGCAUGUCCUGGCCUCUGCCGUGUGCUGCCUCAUGCUGUCCCGCACUGUGGCCCAGACCGUCAGGGAGAAGGUGCCCUUCUCUGCUGUGCUGUGCGAGCACCUGCCCGGGGGCACGGACUGUGAGCGGCUGGUGGGCUCCUCGGCCGUCUACCGGGUCUGCUUCGGCACUGCCUGCUUCCACCUGGUGCAGGCUGCCCUGCUCCUCAACGUGCGCUCCAGCGCCGACUGCCGCGCUCAGCUCCACAACGGAUUCUGGCUCCUGAAGCUGCUGGUGCUGGUGGGGCUCUGUGCCGCCAGCUUCUUCAUCCCCGAGGACGGCUUCAUCCAAGCCUGGCACUACACGGGCGUCUGCGGGGGCUUCGCCUUCAUCCUCAUCCAGCUGGUGCUGAUCACCGCCUUCGCCCACACCUGGAACAAGAACUGGCUGACAGGCGCCGCGCAGGACAAGCGCUGGUACCUGGCCGUGCUUCUGGCCACCGCCGCCUUCUACACCCUCGCCUCCGCCGCCUUCUCCUUCCUCUACAAGUUCUACACCCACCCGGCCGCCUGCCACCUCAACAAGGCACUGCUCACCCUUAACGGCAGCCUCUGCGGCAUCAUGUCCUUCAUCUCCAUCACGCCCUGUGUGCGGCUCAGGCAGCCGCGGUCGGGGCUGCUGCAGUCCUCAAUCAUCAGCUGCUACGUGAUGUACCUCACCUUCUCCGCACUGUCCAGCCGCCCCCCAGAGAGAGUGCUCUACAAGGGGCAGAACCUCACCGUCUGCUUCCCGGGCGUCCGGCAGGAUGAGCUGCAGACAGAGGACACCACCGUCGCCGUCCUGGGGGCUGCCAUCAUGUACGCCUGCGUGCUCUUCGCAUGUAAUGAAGCUUCCUACCUUGCUGAGGUCUUCGGGCCCCUCUGGAUGGUCAAAGUCUACAGCUUUGAGUUUAAAAAACCCUCGUGUUGCUUCUGCUGCCCCGAGAAGAUGGAGGAGGAGCUGAGAGGUGGGUGCAGGGUGGGUGCAGCAACACACGCCCGGGUGCUUGUGUCCCAGCCCUGGGGGGCUGGCGAGGAGGGGGCGCAGGAGCCACCGUGCUCCUGUGCUCUCCCAGGCACCAAGCAGAUGUGCGAGCAAGUGGAGGAGACCAACGGGGCACAAUGCAUCGUCCAGGAUGAGCGAGACCGCGUGGUCUACAGCUAUUCAGCCUUCCACUUCGUCUUCUUCCUCGCCUCACUCUACGUCAUGAUGACCCUCACCAACUGGUUCAGCUACGAGAAUGCGGUGCUGGAGACCACCUUCACGCACGGCAGCUGGUCGACCUUCUGGGUGAAGGUGUCCUCAUGCUGGGCCUGUGUCCUGCUCUACCUGUGGCUGCUGCUGAGCCCCCUCUGCCUCCGCGGCUCCCCCCAGCACCGACGCAGCAGCCCGGCCCUGCGUGUCCUACGGCGACGUGCCCCACAGCGCAUCAGUGUCUCCACGUAGUCCCUGCUGGGACAGACUGUGCCUGGCACCUUGCGCGGCAGCAGCCGGGGCUGGUCCCUGCCAUGCCC